UGUAGACCAGGCCUCAGACGCACACAGCUCCUCCCAUCCUCUCCACCACUUAACUCACCUAGGAACAUGUUAUCCCAUCAUUGGCCACUAGGGGAGGGUCUCUUGUGUCUUCCUCUGAAGCAUCUCAUGCUCGGUCCGGUUGGAGAUGGGAUAUUGAGAUAAACGACCCCCUGAUCCACUUUCCUAUGUCCAUAAGUAGGUGUCAGCAAAACCCCCAAGAUGUUUCUAAAGCAGUCUGGGUAUAAAUCUCUCUUUUAGGUGGAUCAGGUUUGACUUGCUUCGUAUCUGUGAUAAAAUCUGACCAGUUCUCCAGUCUUCCAUUGAGACUUCCAGGGUAGACAGGACUUGAAUUUCUAGUUGUGGGAUGGGAGGCAAGGGGAAGAAAUUAGUUUAGCCCUUUCAGGCCUUCACUGUGCAUCACAAAGGAGCAACAGUGCCCAACUUUAUAUCCUCCUCAACUGGGGGAUGGGGGCGUCAGCUACUGCCACUUCUGGGGUGGUGCCUCAGAGCUGAUCACGUGUAUAACACAGGAGUGUUCCGGGGGCCCUUGACAGUCAUGUGAUGUUUGAGCUCCUUGUAAUGGAAUUGUUUCCCAUACAACAUCCAUGUUUCCGCACUCUGUGCCCUCAGCUCACCGCUGCCCGGAUUGUGGGCGAGGGCGCCGCUUGCCCAGAGCCACAGAGAGAUCCACGGAGUGUGUUGGGAUCGGCUGCUGGCUCGUCGCUGCAGCCUGCUGCGAAUGCUCAACCCAUUCUUGUGGAGUGAAACCAAAACGUACCAUGGCUACCACCAACCCCCUGGAGAACCUGCAGGUAGAAGCCAGCUGCUCCGUCUGCCUGGAGUACCUGAAGGACCCCGUCAUCAUUGACUGCGGCCACAACUUCUGCCGGGUCUGCAUCACCCGCUGGUGGGAGGAGCUGAACCGGGACUUCCCCUGCCCCGUCUGCCGCAAGACCUUCCGCCACCGCACCCUCAAGCCCAACCGGCAGCUGGGCAACAUGGUGGAGAUCGCCAAGCAGUUGCAGGCCACCAAGCGCAAGGUGCGGGACGAGAGCUUGUGCGGGAAGCACAACGAGGUGCUCAACCUCUUCUGCAAGGAGGACCAGGAGGCCGUCUGCCUGGUGUGCGAGAUCUCCCACGACCACCGCUCCCACACCGUGGUGCCCCUGGACGACGCCUCCCUGGAGUACAAGGAGAAGCUGCAGCAGUGUCUGGAACCGCUGGAGCGGAAGCUGCAGGACAUUGCCCACUGCAAAUCCCAGGAGGAGAAGAAACCCGGAGAGCUGAAGAGAAAGGUGGAGAGCCGUCGGCAGCUGAUUGUGAGCGAGUUCGAGGAGCUGCACCAGUUCCUGGAGGAGGAGCAGCAGGUGCUGCUCCGGCGGCUGGAGGAGGAGGAGAAGGAGAUCCUGCAGAAGCUGAAGGACAACGUGGCCCAGCUGUCGGACCAGCGCCUCUCCCUCAACCAGAUCAUCACAGAGAUCGAGGAGAAGUGCCUGCAGUCGGGCAUUGAGAUGCUCAAGGACAUAAAGAGCACCCUGGAAAGGUGUGAGACGGUGCAGACCAUGGAACUGGCCUCGGUCCCCAUUGAGCUGGAGAAGAAUUUCUGCAGCUUCCCCCGGCAGUACUUUGUCUUGCGCAAGAUCAUCAAGAGACUGAUUGGAGACGUGACCCUGGACCCUGAGACGGCCCACCCCAACCUGGUGCUGUCCGAGGACCGCAAGAGCGUGAAGUUCGUGGACACGCGGCUGCGGGACCUUCCCGACACCCCGCGCCGCUUCACCAUCUACCCCUGCGUCCUGGCGACCGAGGGCUUCACCUCGGGCCGCCACUACUGGGAGGUGGAGGUGGGCGACAAGACGCACUGGGCCCUGGGCGUCUGCAAGGACUCGGUGAGCCGCAAGGGCGAACUCAUGGCCCUGCCCGAGACAGGCUACUGGCGAGUGCGGCUGUGGAACGGUGACAAGUAUGCGGCCACCACCACCCCCUUCACUCCGCUGCACGUCCCUGUCAAGCCCAAGCGGGUGGGCGUCUUCCUGGACUACGAGGCCGGGCGGGUGUCCUUCUACAACGUGACCGACCGCUCCCACAUCUACACCUUCACGGACACCUUCACCGAGAAGAUCUGGCCCCUCUUCUACCCGGGCAUCCGCGCCGGACGCAAGAACGCCGCCCCCCUCGUCAUCCGCACCCCCACGGACUGGGAGUGACGGGGCCUGAGGCCGCUCGCGCCAGCCUCCUUGCAGACGGGCUAGGCAGGAGGCUUGGGUCUGGUUUCUGCUGUUCAACGCAUGCCCUGACUGUGAUGAGCACUGUGGCUCUUACUGCCCUCCUGGAGACCCUGCCUGCUUGUGGACCAGGAGAGCCGGGGCGGGGCCGGACAUGGAUUACCGAAGGCCCCACCCCUCCCCACAGACAGGGGUGGGGGACACCUCGCUGGCCAUGCCCUGAUUUAGUCCAACCCUCAUGCGUUGAGCUUUGCAGGCCCCUGCCAUGCACGCUGGAACCAGCCAUGAAGGAACUGCUCUGUUCCAUUUCCCCCCCCCGCUGUCCAGCCAGCCUUCCUGGACAGGGAGUGAUGGAGGCGGCUAGAUCCCGUUUCUGCCCCCCACAUGGACCAGGCAUGAGGGGAUCUCACAGCUCUCUGACACCGCUGCCUUUCCAGGCUGUGGGGGAGGACCCCCACCACCCUCAUCUCUCCCCCUAAUGUGGGCCAGCUCAGCACGGACAUCAGACUCCAGUGCAGUCCCGAAGGACAAGACCCUGGGUUCCCUCCUUGGGCAGGUGCUACCUCCCCCCCCAUCCAGGAGUGGGGGGACCCUGCCGUUCAGGGGGAUCUGGACCCAGGGACUAGUAAAUUUCCCCCACUAGGUUAAACCCAUGGGGAUCUCUCUUGAGUGUGUAGAUGGUAAUAAGUCACUAUGGACUGCAACGGGAGAGGAAGAGGAGGGGGGUUUCUGAUUAGAAUUGGGGGAGACAGGCUGCGAAGACUAUGGGGGUGUCGGCAGUUCAUUCUGAGGGCAUUGCAUAAACGGGGAUCCAACAGAUUUAUGGGGUGGCCCCUCCCUCAAAAUCACUCUGUUCCCUCCGUGAUGUGGCCCUGGCUCCCCCUCCAGAAUGGACUCAAGGGGACGGAUCCGUGCUUGUCUGGCUGCAUUCUCAGUCCCUGAGUCACUUUGAUCCUGGGCUCCUCUCGCACUUGUCUCCUGAUUUUGUGGGGCGGGGGGGCGGAAGGGAGGAACUGUGUUGUUUCCACCCGGCUCCCAUGAAAAUGCAUCACAUUGGAUUGUCCAAGGUGAGUCCUUGGGAGAGGCAGCGGACUCGAGGGAGAGAAUCCUUGGCCUUGUACGACCCAAGUUUAUUUCCCUUCUGGAGCAGAGCAGGCAGGGUGAGGUCCAGUCGAUUAGGUCUGGGGAGUCAGGACUCCUGGUUUCAUUCCCAGCUCUGGGAGGGGAGUGAUGUGUCUAGUAAAGCGGAGGGGCCGGGUGUCAGGAUUCCUGGGUUCUGUGCCCAGCUCUAGGAGGGCAUACUGGUAUCACAGUCAGCCUGAUCUGGUGCCGGCAGAGAGGCGGGGUGGCAGACUAGAUGGAUGAAUUGGUACACAGAAAAGGAGCAUGUUGAGCUUUGUUUCUCAGUGUUCUACGUUGCUUGAGGGGGCAUGACCCCUCGGUCUCUUGAGAGUGGCGUAUCUUCUUGGGAAAUCACCUGUCACCCUUGUCUAGGCCAGAGGAAAUGUUUAGGACUGACCAACUCCUGUCCCUUUGGGCUGAGUCCUCCCCCUCGCUCUGGGGUGAACUCUCUGGGGAAGGCCCGUUACAAUUCCUCACCGCCGACUGGGAUUUGUUUGUGGCAGGGGUGGAAGUCGUUGGACCCACCCGAUAAUCUGUUCUAACCUGUGUUAAACAGGAGACGCCGAUGAGUGAAUAGGCUACAGAGACUGAACUCCCCUCUGCUUCCUCAAUGAGAGGGUGAAUUUUACCCAGUAGCCUCCACUCUGGGAAUACCGGGAGCUCUUGCACGGUUCCCAGCCCCUCCCAUUCCACGCCACUGCAGCAGCUUUGAAAAUGCAUCUCCAUGCUUUCUUUGCCCUCUGCCACUCGCUCUUUAAUAACCCAUCAGGUGCAUCCAUAUCUGUGCUGCUCUGCACCCUAUCUAUUUUUAACAGUAAAUAAUUGCGUGUGUGUCUUUUGGAGAAAAGAAAAGCGAGGAAAUAACUUCUGGGCAAUGAAGAACUCCGUUAAAGCCAGGAAGUAGGCUGGGGCACCCAAAAAACUAUGUCACAGCGCAGUUACAGUUGGAAAUCGACUGUCAAAACUGGCCCUGUCUCUUCUCUCUGAGUUGUAUCUGUGGCACAUGCGAGGUUUUCAUUUUCAAGCAAGCUGGUUUCUUCCCUGACUCGUGUAUCGUUUUCAGAUGUCAGCUGUGAGAUUAGAAGAGCCAAUCGUUCAGCCCUGAUUGGCUCAAGAAGCGGCCGUGAGGGGAAUUAAAUAGGACUUUCCACCAGGGGCUGUUUGGAUGAGAACGCAGACCUCAUGUUCCCUGCCAUUGCCGAGUGGUGGGAUAUUGGUCUCGCGUGAUCUCCGCUUUUGGCACUUAACGAUUAAGUCCCCUGAGGAUUGAAAUGUUUUAGUCUAAAGUUUUUGGACUCAAUACAAGGGUAACUGGUUGUGUUGAUGUUGCCCGUGUUUACAGGUCGGAAAUCUCCUUUGCCUUUCCAGGAGUAACUGCAUCUCUCGCUCCUUUUCUGAGCUGAGCGCAUCCCCACCGGCCCUCAAGCCCUUCCCUUUCCUGGGGUGGGAUUCCCCUAUUUUCCCACUCUUAGCCCGCUUCCCGGGCUACGGCACCCCAAGUAUCAGCUCUGCUUCUCUGGCAGGCCCUACGGAAGUUGGCCCCCGAAGUUCAGUCUUUUGGGCACCUUGACCUGAAACCAAAGGAUUGUGUGUUGUUAACAGUAGGAACAAAACACAGCAAGAGAGAAACAGAUUUUAGAACAGCAACCAGCCUACAGGCGAAACUCUCAGUGGUAGGAGCUUAUUUGCGGACAGUAAACACUACGCCCUGGAUACCACAUGGUGAGCUACUUAAAUUAUCACAGGCCGCUCCAGAUCUGUCCCCCUUUGAGUUUGGGUUCAGCCCUUUGAAUAAAUACUGACCCAGGCAAAGGUUUUUUGCCACCCAAGGGCUUUUCAGUCCAGCUGAUGGCAGCCACAUGGGAGCCGACAGCCGGGAGUUGAAGCGAGACAGAUUCCGAGUGGAGGCAAGGUGCAGAUUUUUCCACAGAACGGGUGAUUAACUCUUGGAGCCGCUUCCCAAGGGAGGGUGUCCAUCGCUGGGAGUCUUUAGCAAGACUCGGUUAGUGUUCCGAGAACAUAUGGCCAAGCCUGAUCACUAUGCCGUGGAAUACUCUCGCCUGGGUUACGCAGGAGCUGAUGAUUAUUUGUAUUUCAGUAGUAGCUAGUUCCCAGCUGGGAUCAGGACCACGUUGUGCUGUGCACUGUGUGCCCACGUGUAAUCAGAGAUACUCCUUGCCUCAAAAAGCUUCCAAUCUAAACAGUCUGGCUCAGACUCAGGUGAGACUUCCUGAAAUGCAGCCAUCUCUGGGUAACAGCUGCCCAGCAAAUCGGCAAAGGAUGUGCUCACCCAGCACUGAGAUGCAGCCACCUCUGGGGUGGGGCAGGACAGCUCUUUAGGAGUGGAGAUUUUGCAGGAGCUGGGACGGAGGGCUCAGAUUCUGACUCGCGGUGGAUGGGGUAGUAUCAAGGAUUCAUUCAUGCCCAGGAGGGGUCAGAGCCUCAUUGGGGAGAUGCUUUUCUGCCCCAGGCAGAGAGGGGCAGGGCAGCACCUCGAAACGCUCCAUAUUUGAGUAGGUGUGUGUGAAGGAGGGGUGAGAGGGGCACCGCUUGUAAUGCAUUAACUAGCUGUGUGUGUAACUAGUGGCCCAGGACAGGGACUGGCUGGCGCUGGGCAGGGCAGGAUGGGACGCAGAGCCUUUCCCCAUUAGUUUGGGUGGGUAGCUGGCUUCGGGGGGGCGGUGGGGGGGAAUGGUAUAUGGGACCUUUCCCCUCUAGGGGGCACCUGUUUCAAUCUGACCCCAUCUCCGUGCAGGGCGGAAGUGCGUCCCACUUGGUGCACCCAUGUGUGUAAUGAGCUGGUGGGUCUCAGCAGAGAAGGUGCCUUGAUCCCUACCUGCCCUGAACACCCCAGUGCCAGUCACCUCAGCAGGGAGGCCAAAGGCUGAAUGGGCCCCAGCUCCCCCCUAUCCCCGUAGGGGGAUCCCUGCAGGGGUGGGGCUGUGGCUCGUCAGCAGGGGGUGUUCUGUGGUGGGGGGUGCACUCCCUGCUCCUGUCCCCAUUGGGGGGGGUACAAAGAAGCCACCUCUGCUCCCCUGGAAUGUGGGGGCAAUUGUCUGCACUGCGGUCUGUCCCAGCUGGCCGGGCAAGAACCUGUCUCUGUGGCUUGUAUCGUAUAAUGGCCUGCAACUUGUUAUCAAUAAACCACCGAUUUUCUUAGA